AUGGCCGAUUUAAACUCUGUUAUUAGAAUUAAACCAUUUCAUUUCAUUCACGUAUUAGAUAAUAAUACAAAUGUUACUAGAGUUGAAGUUGGACCACAAACUUUUACAAGACAAGAUCAUGAAAAGUUAGUAAGUGGCCCAGAACCAAUGAUUAUGAUCCCACAACGUAACUAUUGUACAAUUUCAAAUCCAGUAGUUCGUAAUGAAAAUGGUUCAUUAGUAUUGGAUGAAUAUGGUCAAGUUAAAUUAAGACAUGGUGAUGAAGAGAUUCGUUUCUCACAAGAACCAUUCCCAUUAUAUCCAGGUGAAAAAAUUUCAGGUAAAGUUACCGCUCUCCAAGUUGUUGCACCAUUAAAGGCUUUACGUCUUCGUGCUCUCCGUGAUUUCACUGAAGCUAAAGUCACUCAUGUUGCUGGUGAUGAAUGGUUAUUUGAAGGUCCAGCAACCUAUCUCCCACGUAUUGAUGUUAGAAUUGAAGAAGAAAUCAAAGCAACCAUCAUUGGACCAAAUCAAGCACUCAAAUUACGUGCCAACAAAGCAUGUUCCGAUCGUUCAGGUGUUGCAAGAAAAGCUGGUGAAGAGUGGUUAGUUCGUCAACAUGGUGCCUACCUCCCAGGUGUCGAUGAAAAAGUCGUUGAAAUUGUAAAUGCCUACGUCUUAACUGACAAGAAAGCACUCCACCUCAAAGCCACUAAAACCUUUUUAGAUGAAACCAGAAAAACACAACGUAAAGCUGGUGAGGAAUGGUUAGUUGUUAGCACCGAUGCUGAAACUCAUAUCCCAGAUGUUUAUGAACAAGUCGUUGGUGAAGUUCAUAUUACUACCCUCUCAAAUCGUCAAUACUGUGUUGUUUUGGAUCCAAUUGGUGCCAAUGGUAAACCACAACUUGGUCAUAAACAAUUAAGAAAGGGUGAACUCGCUUUCUUCUUAAACCCAGGUGAAUCAUUAGAAGGUAACAAAAUUCACAAUAUCUACGUUUUAACCGAACAAGAAGCACUCUUACUCCGUGCUAAAGAAACCUUUUCCAUUGAUGGUGAAUCUCAUUUAGCUGGUGAUCGUUGGAUGAUCUAUGGUCCAUGUGAUUAUGUUCCACCAGUUCAAGUUGAAGUCGUUGAAAAACGUGAAUCCAUUCCAUUGGAUGAAAAUGAAGGUAUCUACGUUCGUGAUAUUAAAACCGGUAAAGUUGCAUCAAUCAAAGGUCAAUCAUACAUGUUAAAAGCAAAUGAAGAACUUUGGGAAAAAGUUUUACCACGUACUGUCGAAGAAGUUCUUGCCAAAGAAUCACUCAACCCAGAAUUCACUGAUAAUCGUGAUUCAACUCGUGUUGUUACCUAUCGUGCUCCACACAAUAGUGCUGUUCAAAUCUAUGAUUACAAAGAAAAGAAAUCACGUGUUGUCUUUGGUCCAGAUCUUGUUAUGUUAGGUCCAGAUGAACAUUUCACCGUUCUCUCUUUAUCUGGUGAUAAACCAAAACGUCCACAUCAAAUCAAAGCUAUCGCUCUCUUUUUAGGUCCAGAUUUCAUGACUGAUGUUGUCAUUGUCGAAACUUCUGAUCAUGCUCGUCUCUCCCUUAAAUUAUCAUACAAUUGGGAAUUCAAAGUUGAUCGUUCCAAGAUUGAAGAUGCUCAAAAGAUCUUCCAAGUACCAGAUUUUGUUGGUGACUCAUGUAAAGCUAUUGCCUCAAGAGUUAGAGGUGCUGUUGCUGCAGUCUCUUUUGAUGAUUUCCACAAACGUUCCGCUGAAGUCAUCCGUCAAUCCGUUUUUGGUUUAGAUGAAUCUGGUGAAGUCCGUAAGAACUUCUCUUUCAAUUCAAACAACCUUGUCAUCACCAACAUUGAUAUUCAAUCUGUUGAACCAGUCGAUCAACGUACUCGUGAUUCACUCCAAAAAUCUGUCCAAUUGGCCAUUGAAAUCACCACCAAAUCACAAGAAGCUGCUGCUCGUCAUGAAGCUGAACGUCUUGAACAAGGUGCUCGUGGUAGACUCGAACGUCAAAAGAUUCACGAUGAAGCUCAAGCAGAGUUAGCUCGUAAAGAUUUAUUACAACUCCAAGCUCAAUCAGCUGCAGUCGAGUCAACUGGUCAAGCUACCGCUGAAGCUCAAGCUACUGCUGAAGCUGCUAACAUUGCUGCUGAAGCCAAUGUUAAACAAGCUGAAUUAAAAGCUCAAGCCACCAAGAUUCGUUCAGAAUCUGAAAUUUCUCUCUUAAAAGCCAAGAGAGAAAAUGAACUCUCAUACCAAAAAUCAAUUGAUGAACUCGAACUCACCAAACAAUCUGAUCUCGCUGAAAUUGAAGCCUCCAAAUUCAAAGCAAUCGUUGAAUCCAUUGGUAGAGAUACCCUCAAAUCAAUUGCUUGUGCUGGUAAUGAAAUGCAAGCUAAAUUAUUACAAGGUUUGGGUCUUAAAUCAUUUAUGAUCACCGACGGUAAAUCACCACUCAACCUUUUCGAUACUGCCAACGGUAUCAUUGGUAAUAACAAUCAAAUGGUAAACAUGUCAAAUGCUGCCAAACAAUCUGGUAGAAGAAAUUAA